GUCGAGUCCAAGCUACAAAUUGAGCAGAAUAAUUUUUGAAGCUAAGCUCGAGCAUAUGGUGCUCUAACUCCGUCGCUUCAGUUUCAUUCUUUAUUUACCGAACUGAGAAUUGAAAUUCUAGAAUAUGAAAAUUAUUGUUUUCAUUUGUAUUUGUUUGUGAUUCUUGAUUCUAUUGCUGUUUGGGUAGUAUUGUGGAUUGGAGGAGCGAAGCAAACCCGUUAAAUGCCAUAUAACCCGAAAUAGCAUCCAGAAUCCAGAUUCCGAAUCAAACAAAUCCAUACCACACCAAUUAUUAGGCGUAACCACAACCACGUCUUUCUUAUCACUCUCUCGCUCUAUAAAUAUCAUCUCACCACCCACAAUUUGCUACUCAAUCUUCUUAAAAUUCCUAAAAUCUUGUUGGAAGCAGCGCAGCAACCCUGGAUUUCAAGUAAGAAGGCGGUGGGAUCUCUCGUUCGCGUCGUUCAGAGUGGAAAGGAGGGGUAAAACCCGGGGGUAACAAGUUGUCGACAAUCACGGCUUUACUAAGAGGAAACCGCCCCGUCAUACAUGUCCGGGCAGUACGACGCAAGGGCUGUGUGACCGAGACCAACCCUUCGCCACACGGCGGCCGCGGCGCUCUGCCCUCCGAAGGCGGCAGCCCCUCUGACCUCCUCUUCCUCGCCGGCGGCGGUUACUAGCUCCGCCCCCCCUCUAUACCUACUAGAUUAUUUCUGUUUCUUCUGAAUUUGCUGUCUAUCUAUUCUUAUUCUUCUCUUAUUAUUCUUCCAUCGACAAUCUGCCUUCCCUUCGAUAACUAGAAAGUAAAAUAUUAAAGAUUGUGUUUUCAACAAAGAUAAUAUAAAGAUGAUGCUAAGAAUUAAGAGGGUCCCUACCGUUGUUUCUAACUACCAAAAGGAAGAGGCGGAGGAGGGCGGCUGUGGCCGGAACUGCCUCAGGAGUUGCUGCCUUCCUGGGGCAAAGCUGCCGUUGUAUGCUUUUAAGACGGCGAGUAAAGCUGUAUCUGAGCAGAGUCCUGUUGACUCUGUCAACAACGAGCUUGAAGUCGAGUUCUUGGACUCCCUUGUUCUUGGGGAGUGGGAGGACCGUAUGCAGAGGGGACUCUUCCGCUAUGAUGUCACUGCUUGCGAAACCAAGGUAAUUCCUGGGAAGUAUGGGUUUAUUGCACAGCUGAAUGAGGGGAGGCAUCUCAAGAAGAGGCCGACCGAGUUUCGUGUUGAUAAGGUUCUGCAGCCCUUCGAUGAGAGCAAGUUCAACUUCACCAAGGUCGGCCAAGAAGAGGUGCUCUUUCAAUUUGGGGCCAGUGAGGACAAUGAUGUCCAUUUCUUCCCAUAUGCACCCAUCGAUGUUGAUAAUUCGCCAAGCGUCGUUGCCAUCAAUGUUAGCCCAAUUGAAUAUGGACAUGUGCUGCUAAUCCCUCGAAUCUUCGAGUGCUUGCCUCAGAGGAUUGACCGUGAGAGCUUCUUGCUCGCUCUCCACAUGGCCGUGGAAGCGGGGAAUCCCUACUUCCGUCUGGGUUACAACAGCUUGGGGGCGUUUGCGACCAUCAAUCACCUCCAUUUCCAAGCCUACUACUUGGCAACACCCUUCCCCAUUGAAAGGGCUCCCUCAAAGAAGAUAACCACCACUAGUGGUGGAGUGAAAAUCUCGCAUAUACUGAACUAUCCCGUGAGAGGACUAGUCUUUGAAGGUGGGGAUAGCCUCAAAGAUCUAUCUGAUGUCGUCUCAGACGCCUGCAUCUGCUUGCAAGAGAACAACAUUCCUUACAAUGUGCUCAUAGCUGACUCUGGAAAACGUGUAUUCCUCUUCCCUCAGUGCUAUGCGGAGAAGCAGGCUCUCGGGGAAGUGAGUUCCGAGCUCCUCGACACUCAAGUUAAUCCAGCAGUGUGGGAGAUUAGUGGACAUAUGGUGCUGAAAAGAAAGGAGGACUACGAGGGAGCAUCUGAAGAGAACGCGUGGAGGCUCCUCGCUGAGGUUUCCCUCUCGGAGGAGAGACUUGAGGAAGUGAAGGAGCUCAUAUUUGAAGCCAUCAGCAGCUGCUGUGUGGGUGAAGUUGUUGCAAUGGCUCCGGCUGAGGAGUCGGUUUCCACCGACCCUGCUCAUGAAGACUCCGACGACUCCAUUAAAGGUUCCCACCCUGCAAUGGUGCCUGCCUAGCAGAAUCCAUUAAGUGAAAACGUGGAGUAUUCCACUGCAGAUAUCCCUAAAUAAAUGCGAACUAUGUUUGGUGUGUUGUGUUGGACUUAUUUUAUUAUGUAUGUAAGGUUUGUGUGGUUUGCUUGUCCAUUUCAGCGUGUUUUAAUGGAUCGUUUAUGAUUCAGUGAAAUAUAUUAUCUUGAUUGAAA